UUUCCGUAUAAGUGGCGUUCUUGGGACAGCUAGGCAUUAUAAGGAUCCAUGCUAACCGUGUCCUACUCAGGUUAUUGACAAGGUUUUAGAUGCGUUGCCUGGAAAUUAGGCCAAGAUUAUUAAUAAAUAAUAAAAUAAUUCAUAAUUUUUAAAAAACGCUCUCACGCAAAGUAGUGCUCCGUAUAUUAAUUACAGCUCGCUUUCUUUGAUCAACUCAUUUUGUGGAUUUUUUAAUAUUUUUUCAAAUAUAAAGAGCAUCAAAUAUUUUAGGAGACUUUCUUUAAGAAUGUGCAGGAAGGAGUAAUUUUCAUUUUAUUGAAAAUUUUUUAAUUGAUCCUAAUUUUUAUUUUUACAGUUAUUUUUUGUUAAUUAUCAAUAUGGUUAGUAUAGCAAUUACUUUGGAGCUUUACGGAUACUUUUCUCUAUAUAAUGGCUAAUAGUGUCAAAUUUUAUAAGUGCAUUGUUUUUUUUAACAAUGCUAAAAAAAGUUAUUCGUUUAUUAUUUAAUUGGAAAGGAACAAUAUAUUUUAUUUGUACUUUUGUUUACUUUUGGUAUGUGGGCAUGUCAAGUAUAUCUCCAUUAUUUUUUUAUCAAGACCAAGUUUCAUCCAAUUCUAAAAGCUUUUUAGCAGAUAGUAAUGGAAAUGAAAAAAUUGCUUUACCUUCUUUUUCCACUGUUCACGUCAAUGUAAAUUUCAUUCAAAAAUUUAAUGGUUUAAGUAUAAAUAAUGAAUUGUAUGUACCGUUUGAAUUCCUUAAACAUUACUAUGAGAUUUAUGGUACUUUUGAAAAAGUUGAACCAGGAGAUCCUUUACAAUUUACAUGGCUAAAUGCUGAUCCUAAUGUUCUCAAUCCUAAUCAAUUGACCUUUUUAUCGUAUUCUUUUCAAAGAAAUUAUCUUAAUUUUCAUGAAUCUGAUGUUGCUAACAGAGGGAGAGUAAAGUGUAUCUGUGGGAAGUAUGAAGUUCCUAUUUCAACACAAUGGGAUAAAAAAGGUUAUUAUUAUCCAACCCAAAUAGCACAGUAUGGUUUGUCACAUUUGAGUAAACACUAUAUUGAAAAUCAAAUUAAAAUGGACCGUAAAGAAUAUAAUAUUUUAUUAAAAAUAGGAACAGUUGGUCAUCAAAGAUAUCAGCUAUAUGAUCAAGGUUUAGAAAUGUUUAUAGUAAAGCUAAAGUUCAUUAAAUUGUUGUCUUCUUUUGAAUUAAGAAUAGUUGCUACUGAUUCAAAUGAAUACAUAAUGCAAUAUAUUCUUGAUGAUGUUAUGAUAGAAAAAAGAAAUUUAAAUCAAAUAGUUCAUGGUUUGGGUAGAAAUGUUUUCCGAUCAGAAAUUACACGUGAUUUGAAUGUUGAUUUGGUUAAAGGUCUUUUAUCAGGCAAGCAUUCAGGUGAUACAUUUGGUAUAAAAAUACAAAAAAUAUUGAGUCUUGAUAUUGAUAAUGUUCAAUAUGUAAAAGCUGUUCAGUUUGUUUAUGAAGAUCACAUUGCCAAGUUUAUGGCAGCAGCUGAUUGGCUAUUGUAUUACCAAGAUGACCAAGGUGGAUGGAAAACUAAUGUUUCCAGGAUUGUAAUUCCAGAAAUUAGAACUGAUGCUGGUUGGUACAGUGCUAUGGGGCAGGGUCAAGCAAUAUCUUUGUUAUGUCGAGUUUACUUUUACACAAAAGACACUAAGUAUUUAAAUUCAGCCCUCAGAGCAACACAUUUGUUUAGGAUACCUUCUGCAAAAAACGGUAUCUUAGCUAUGUUGUUUGAUAAAUAUCCAUGGUAUGAAGAAUAUCCUACUGUGCCACCUUUGUAUGUUUUGAAUGGUUUUAUUUAUUCUUUAUUUGGAUUGUAUGAUCUUUUAAAUAUUGCCAGUUCUAAAGAUGCUGCUGAAGCACAAUAUUUGUUUUACCAAGGAAUGAAUUCUUUAGAAACAGUACUUCCAUUAUUUGAUAAUGGCCAUGGAUCAUUCUAUGAUUUACGCCAUAUUUCUAUACCAGGAAGCAUGCCAAACAGAGCACGUUGGCAGUAUCACCGAGUACACAUUGAGCAAUUGCAUGCUAUUGUUGAACUAACAAAAAAUAGUGUUGUUAAUAGAACCUUGCAAAGAUGGAUUGGUUAUGGAUGGGGCAUCCUUGCUAAGCAUAACUAG